AAAGCACAGUUGCCGUCUCUUUAUUUGCUCAUCUUAUAUGACCCAUUAUAGAUGGUCACAGUGCACCUGCGCGUGAGGAUGUCCUCGUCACUCACACGAGAGCGAUAGAGAAAGUGUUCAACAGUCGCAGCGGUACACGCAGAAAAAGGAAGAAAAAAAUGAUGCACUUUUCGACGCUGGUCAUAUUAGCAGGUUGUGUGAUGUUUGGAGGCUGCACAGAGAGCACUGUAACACGAACUACAGUUGCGACUACAUUUACCUCAGAUGUAGCGACAUCUCCUUCACUAACGCACACAGCACCAGCAGAUUCCUCUCAGACUCAGUCAACGAAUGGAUCCGUCUCCACCGUCCACAAUACAAGUCAGACAACCACUGAGUCCACACAUAAUGUGAGCAUGAGCACUACGAACAGCUCCACACCUGUCCAGAAAACAUCAAACACAACCUCUGACUAUAACGCUACCUCUCCAGCGACUGAGCUCAGCAACGCGACCAGCAACGCGACCAACGCGUCGACCAACGCGUCGCCCACAGUCACUUCGGGUUUGGAGACUAAAACGCUGACAACAUCCUCCUCAGAGAACCAUACCUCAGAGAAAACAACUCUGGGAAGCACAAAACCGGUGAUUACUACUGCCAAAAACACAACUAACGUUACAACAAUCAUUUUUACGACUAAAACGGUGCCCACUACUUCUGUGUUAACAUCACCAACAAAAACAACAGCAGCAACAACCUCAAAACCGGUCACAACCAAACCCCCAGCUUCUGCUGACCAAGAAAAGAAGCAUCCAGAGGCCCUGAGCUCAGGAAGUGUUGCUGCCAUUGUAAUUUGCUUUAUUGCCAUUGUACUAAUUUUACUUGGUGGUGCAUACUACUUCAAAAUGCGACGCUCUUCUUACGGACGUCUCUUGGAUGAUAGUGAACACAGCUCUUUGGGGAAUUUUCUUAACCCAGUGUUUGAUGGCUAAAUGGGGAAGCGUUCAUGAAGAAACAUUUUUUUUUUCUAAAGAAAACAUCCUACACGUCUCUUGCAAUUUAUGGUAACAUCAGAUUCAGUAUUUUGGAUCUAAAAUUAGAUGCACUGACCAGAAUCAUCAGGACGUUUCAGAGUGUAGGCAAGACUUUCUGUGAGUAUUAGUAUGAAGGCAGGUUGCCGGGGCAUUUUGGUCCCGUUAAAAGAAAAUUUUAAGUGAUGUUUUAAUGUAUGAAAUGUAAUGUUUGUGUAAUGUAUCGUCUUGGGUAUAUUUUUCAACUUCUUCAUGUUGCUUGCUCUGUUUGUCAAUGAUAAUAUUUUUUUUUUAUCAAAGCCUCACAUCUCAAACAGGCCAAAAUGUGAUCAUUAUUGGUCUCAAAGAGUGACCUUAUCAUAUACCAUAAUUACAGCUCUGGCCUCAGCUGUGGCCUCCUACUAUUCAUCCAAAGACAGUCUCUGUUUUAAAAGUGAAGACCAUUUAACAUUUCUGUAACCUCAACAAUAACAGAUUUUUCCCCUUGUCAUUAUAAUGGCAGGGACUCAACAAGCAGCAUGCAAUUAAGCAUUUAAACAGUCAAGACUGUUAUUAGAGACAUAAAAAUAAGCCAUCAAGCAAAUUGAGGCACAUUACCGAAACAUCUGGUGUUCUUGGCUGUUUGAGAUGGGGUUUAGUUAGUCGUGCUACAGCAGUUUGCCACGUCCAGAUAUGCGUUUUUGAAUGUUUAAAACCAUUUCUGUAGUUUCCUCUCCUAGUUUUUUGCUACCUGUUUAACAGAAACCACCGUUUCCUGUUUUUGCAAAUGCUCUAGUUUCAAGAAUGGUAUAAACCACAGGAGCACUGCCUAAAUCUCUGGUCUAAAGCAGCAGCAACUGAUUGUAAAAAGGUCAAUGUCUAUGUAAAAGUAUUAAAAAUCACUAAUAUAUCAUAUAAUAGAUUUGUUUUUCUUAUUUCACGAGUACUUUAUUGGACAGAACAUUUGUUUAAAAUCAGAGGAGUUCCUGUGUGUUAUACAUUUUCCUGUGUGAUUAAUGUUUCAUGCCACUUUCCAUGAAGAUGUUUUAGACAAACUAUAUUUAGAUGGUGUCCCAAAUUUUUGUUGCAAAAAUGGCAAAACUCAUAUGAAUAAAUGAGUGGAGAAUAAAACAGCUCAUAUAAAACUGAAUUUGACCUUCUGAGGUUGAAAGUUGCCAUUUUUUGAUGGACCUUAUCUCUCAGGCCAUUUGAUUUCCAUUUUGUCACCCAAAAAUGAAAAUCUGCUCAAUAUAUACUCACUCUCAGGCCACUUAAGAUGUAGAUGAGUUUGUUUCUUCAUCUGAAAAUAUUUGGAGAGAUGUAGCAUUCUAUCACUUGCUCAGCAGUGGAUCCUCUGCAGUGAAUGGGUGCCGUCAGCAUGAGAGUCCAAAGAGCUGAAAAAAACAUCACAAUAAUCCACAAGGACCACUCCAGUCCAUUAGUUAACAUCUUUGUGAGGUUUUUUUUUUAAUUCAUUUUUUGUGGACUAUUCCUUUAACGAUUCCCUAUUUUGUUCAGAAAAUUUCAAAUUGAACAUUUUAUGCAAAGACUAUGCAGUUUGUGCCCUCCCAAAUAUAGCUGUGACCUUGAUUAUCAGAAACCUGACCUCAUUUUAAUACAGGACAAACAAUAAUUUUCUACUAAAUUUAAAAUCACAUGUUAAACAUUCAACGUUAACAUACAGUAACUAAAUCUAAAUCUCAAGAAAUGAAGCUAAAAUCUGACAGACCUGUUUAUUCUUGACUGCUUCUUAUAUAUAAUGCAUAAAACAGUGAUUCCAGAUGAUUAAUAGAAGUGAAAUUGAAUGCUUCCCAUUUUCAGAUCAAUGAUCUAGGAUGUUCAACAUUAUAAGCUAAAUCACAUUUAUACCUAAUUUCUCCUCCAUUUCAGCAGUUUCAUUAUCUGAUUGUCUGUUGGUGUAAAACAGCAGGGAUGAGCAGACAGGUUCUGCUCAUGCUGUUCUUAUUCAGAUGGCGGUGUCACGAGCAUGGAGUGUUUUUUAGUGUGCUCUUGUAAUAGGCUGAUAAUGAGUGGGCCUGUCAUUAACACACAGCUGAGAUCUAAUUGCUGUCAUGAUCGAGCAUCAAACUGUGCUAGCAAAGCCCCAGCAUUCACUCCACUUCAACACCUCAUAACCCUGAGUUUAUUUUAGCUUUAACAAUGCCUCAUAAUGUCAUUUUCAUUUAAAAACGAGGUUGAAAUAUUCUAAAAUGUUUUUGUCUGUUUGACUUUUUCAACUUUUAAACAUUUAUUUUCACAAUCACAGGCAUUUCUGUCCCUAUGGUCUGUACUGUAUCAACUGUAUGUAAUUUUCUGUAUUUUUAUUUUAGAGCCCCCUGCAGUUAGGUGAGUGUAUUUCACUGUUGUAAAUAUGCCAUUCUCGAAAUUACAGUGGAUAGCUGGAUAUAAACUUACAAUUCUGAGAAGAAAAGUCAGAAUUGUGAGAU